CACCUUAACUCACUUUAACUGGUACCUGAAUGCGAGAGAGCGAGAAAGGGAGGGUAUUUUUUUUUUUCGCGUCGUCAGCUGACCGUCACUUGAAAAAGGUUGUCUCGACCAGUAGACACUAAUCAAAAUCAUCAUGAUUUACAUAAGAACGUCAUUUAUACGGUUGCAUACAUUGCUGCAAUCAGCGAAUGCCGCCAUUACUUCAAAGUCUCGUCUGUCUCUACGUAACGUCCGUACAAUGUCAUCAGCAAACCGGCUCGACUUGAGCGGUGUUAUGCCGCCGAUCGCUACUCCUUUUGACAAAGAUGAGAAUAUUCGCUAUGACCUGUUGGAAGAAAACAUUAAUAAGUGGAAUAAGAUUCCAUUCCGAGGUUAUGUGGUACAGGGGUCCAGUGGAGAAUACAUGUAUUUAAGCAAGGAGGAGCGAGUUGAAAUAGUCAAGCGGGUCCGGAACGCUGUACCCUCUGACAAACUCAUCGUAGCUGGAUCAGGAUGUGAAUCAACCCGUGAUACGAUCGAGAUGACCCAAAGAAUGGCUGAUGCUGGGGCUGAUGCAGUUCUUGUGGUGACACCGUGUUUCUAUAAGGGUGGAAUGACUGCAGAGGCCCUUACAAACCAUUACACAAAGGUAGCCGAUGCUAGCCCAGUGCCUGUCAUCCUCUAUAGUGUACCGGCUAACACUGGAAUAGAUCUCCCAGUUGAGGUGGCAGCUAAGAUGUGCAGUCAUCCUAACGUUAUCGGCAUGAAGGAAAGCGGUGGUGAUGUAUCUAAAAUCGGUUUGAUGGUUCACAAAACAAAAGGUGAAGAUUUUCAGAUUUUAGCUGGUUCUGGUGGAUUCUUCAUCCAAGCAAUGACUGUAGGUGCAGUAGGUGGAAUCUGUGCUGUAGCCAAUGUCUUGGGAGGAGAAUUGUGUCAUCUUCACCAGCUCUUCAAGGAUGGAAAGAUGGAGAAAGCAGUAGAACUUCAGCAUCGCAUCAUUGCUCCAAAUGCUGCCGUCACAAGGAAGUUUGGUAUACCAGGCUUGAAGACUGCCAUGGAUUGGUUUGGGUACUACGGGGGACCUACACGUUCCCCUCUGGUACCCCUUGCUCAGGGCCAGCUGGACGCCAUGAUGAAAGACUUUGUAGAGAAUGGAUUCGAUCCAAAGAAGUGAUCACCUGCCAGCGAUCAUCCAGAGGUGAAAGACCACACCGUCCCAUCGUCCCUGUGGUGAUUGGACUUUAAUGCUUAAGGGUGGUAUUCUUGAAAGCGGACUAACUUUAGUCCAUGGUUUAAUCCACCGACUAAGUAUGGAAUGCCAAGUGUCCAUAUGAAUAUGUUUUUG